GUCGGUAGAGGAGCAUCAAGCACAGACUUGCACACUGCUGGAAGGAUCUAUUACACUGAAAAAAUUAGGAGAAGGCACAGUGUGACCAGACUGCUGCCUGAAAGGGAACAGAGCUGAGAGCACUGAGGACUGUGAGCAGAGCCUUUUGAAUCAGCAGAGCUCAAGAGGAGAGCCAAGAUGUGGAAGAAGUCAAAGGUGACGGAGCCAACUGCCGCUGGGCAGGCGGGCAUUAAGAAGAAGUCGAAAGUGCCCGGUGUGAUGAUAACACAAUUUAAGGAGGAACUUCCAGAAGGAAUGUCGACUCCAGAUUUCACCCGCAAACCCAUCGCUCUGACUAUUCAAGAGGGUAAAUUCGCAGUCUUUAAAGCCAAAGUAGUGGGCGAGCCGACACCUACUGUAACAUGGAGCAGAGCAAAUGGAGAAAUACAUUAUCACCCUGACGUGUGCAUGCAAAAGUAUGACGAGACAUCUCAAGAACAUACCAUUGAGUUCCCUAAGGUCGCUCCAGAGGAUGCUGACACCUACAAGUGUUUUGCAACAAAUGAAUAUGGAAGGGCUGUUUGCACAGUUGUCUUGAAUGUCAUUUCGGUUGGAUUCUCUAAGACCAAGGAACUCCAGAAGACACAGGCAGAAGACGCAGGGGAAUUAAGAAAAAGGCUCAAGAAACGUAAUGUUGAUGGAACACGUGAGGAAAAGCCGAUGGAGCCAAUGGAGAAGGUCUGGGAAAUUCUCCUUAGCGCGGACAAGAAAGACUACGAGCGGAUCUGUGCCGAGUACGGUAUCACAGACUUCCGCUACAUGCUAAAGAAACUGAAUGAAAUGAAGAAAGAGAGAGAGGAAGAGAUUGCCGAGUUUGUGACGCACAUCAGUACACUGAAACAUAUUGAGGUCAAAGACAACGACUGUGCAACAAUUGAGUUGGACAUGGACCUCAAAGAUCCUACCAGCAAAAUUUUCCUGUACAAGGAUGGCGUCAUGGUUCCAUUCACGAUAGAAGAAAGCGAGUCGCAGAAGCAUAGUUUGAAACAAGUCGGAAAGAAAUACGUGUUCACGAUUAAAAAUCUGGGUUCAGAUGAUGCUGGACUCUACUCAGUGGAUGUUGAGGGCGUCAAUGUAUUCUCAACAGAUUUCAAAGUACCUAACGUUGACUUUGCGGUCAAAAUACAAGAGGUUAAAGCAGCAGAACGAGAGGACGCCCUCUUUCAAUGUGUCCUGACUGCACCAAUGAAUGAGCUCUCAUGGAUGUUCAAAAACUCUCGGCUGCCAAAUAGUGAGAAAUAUGAAAUUACUGUAUCUGAAGAUAAGCUAAUCCACAAGAUGAUUGUGCGGGACUGUAUGCCUCUGGACGCUGGUAUCUAUGCUGCUGUAGCUGGAAUCAAAUCCUGCAACGCCUGGCUUAUAGUUGACUCUGACAAAGAUCCUGCCAACAAGGGCAAGAAGGCAGCCCGCAAAACUACUGUGGCUGGAAGCAGCAAUUAUGAAGAGCUGAUAAGAAUUGCUAAGGAACAGCAGGAAAAAUAUCAGAAAGAAAUGCAGGAAAAACUGGAAAUUGCCAAGAAAGCUCAAGCAGAGAGAGAAGCAGCAGAGGCAGCUGCCAGAGCCGAGGCUGAGGCGGCUAAAAAGGCAGCAGAAGAAGAAAAAGCUGCGGCUCAAGCUGCAGCUAGGGCUGCUGCAAAGGCUAAAAAGGAAGCAGCUGACAAGGAAGCCGCCGCAAGUAAAGCCAUGAAAAAAGGAGCUGGUGCUGCGAAUGGUAAAGCGGGUGCUGGUGGUGCAGGAGGUGCCGGUGGUGCAGGAGGUGCUGGUGGCGUCGGAGCUGGUGCUGGUGGUGGAGGGGGUGCCGCUGGUGUGGGAGCUGGUGCUGGUGGUGCAGGGGGUGCUGCUGGCAUGGGAGCAGGUGCUGGUGGUGCAGGUGCUGGUGGCGCAGGUGGUGGCGCAGGCAUGGGAGCAGGUGCUGGUGGUGCAGGUGGUGGCGCAGGGGGUGGCACAGGCAUGGGAGCAGGUGCUGGUGGUGCAGGUGGUGCUGCUGGCAUGAAAGUCGGUGCUGGUGGUGGUGAAGGCACCGGAGCUGGUGCUGGUGGUGCAGGUGGUGGUGCAGGAAUUGGCGCAGGUGGUGGCGCAGGCAGUGGAGCUGGUGCAGGUGGUGGAGAUGGUGCCGGUGGCGGAGAUGGUGCCGGUGGUGCAGGUGGCGGAGCUGGUGCCGGUGGUGCAGGUGGCGGAGCUGGUGCCGGUGGUGCCGGUGGUGCAGGUGGUGCAGGUGGAGGAGGAGGUGGAACUGGAGGAGGAGCUGGGGGUGGAGCUGGAGGUGGUGAAGGUGGAGAAGGAGGAGAGGGAGAUGGAGAAGGCGGAGAGGGUGGAGAAGGCGGGAAACGCAAAAAGCGUGCAAGGGAUGGUCCACUUGUUCCAGAUACAGUGACAGGAGAUAAUAUUGAUGAGGAAACCGCAAAUCAACAAGGCAAAAAAUCUCGCAAAAGAGGAAAACAUCUCAUAAAGAAAGAUGUGGAGGGUGAAGAAGCUGUUGGUGCAAAACACACAGAAGCGAGAGGCGCCAGUGGUGAUAAUGGCAUGGGGCCAGCAGCAGGCUGUGAUGAAUCUGCUGAAAAUGGUGAGGGUGCAGACGGCGGCGAGCCUUCAGCAGCUGGCAAGCGUUCAGGCCGUGUACGGCAAGGCCCAUUGAUCGUGGAGACAGUUAGUGAACCCGGAGUUCACUUUCAAGCUGGGCUUUCUGACUGCAAAGCCAUUAUUGGAGAGGCAGCAGAGCUGGAGUGUAAAGUGAACAGUGAAGACUGUAAGGGAAUCUGGUACAAGGAUGGAGAGGAGAUUAAAUCCUCCGAUACUAUAACCAUCUCAAAAGAUGGAACUUUCCACAGGCUGAAAAUUAAAAAAGUCACAGAGGAACAUGCUGGAAAAUACAAAUUUGAAGCAGAUGGACGGAAGACAGAGGCUGUGAUUGCUGUUGAAGAUCCACCCAGAUUUUCUGAUGUGGAAUUGGAAGCAUUUAAAACUCCUGUAACCGUGAAAAAAGGACACAAAGCUACCUUCAAAAUCCCUUUCAUUGGACGGGAACCUAUAAAAAUCCAGUGGUACCGUGAGGGUGAGGAGCUUUCGGAAGACUCAAAUGUCAAGUUAGAGUACUCGGAGGGUUACAGCCGUCUGCUUCUAAACAAGCUGCAGCGCAAGGACAGUGGUGAAAUCAAGAUAAAACUCAAAAAUGAGUUUGGUACUACUGAGGCCUUCAGCCAGCUUGUUGUACUUGAUAAACCCACUCCUCCAAUGGGACCUCUGGAGAUUGUUGAAGCUGGCUCCACUGCAAUUGAAUUUAAGUGGAGGCCCCCAAAAGAUGCUGGUGGCUGCCAGAUCGGCAACUACAUCCUUGAACGACAACAAAUUGGCCGCAACACCUGGAAGAAGGUGGGGCCAAUUGGUGCGGAGGCUAAAUACAGGGACACUGACGUAGACCAUGGCAAGAGGUACUGCUAUCGCAUCAGAGUGGAGACUGAAAUGGGCACCAGUGAGCUGAUGGAGACAGAGGACAUUCAAGCUGGAACAAAAGCAUACCCUGGACCUCCAUCAGCACCAAAGGUUCUAAGUGCCUCCAAGAAAUGCAUCAAGCUCACUUGGACUCCUCCAGCCGACACCGGAGGAACCAAUAUUCUGGGAUACAACCUUGAGAAACGCAAAAAGGGCAGCAACCUGUGGGGCCAAGUCAACCCACAAGAUGAGAUGAUCAGAGGUAAGGAAUUUGGAGUUAAAGAUUUAAUCGAGGGCGUGGAGUACGAAUUCCGUGUGGCAGCAAUCAACAACUCUGGAGCAGGUGAACACAGCGCACCAUCUGAGUUUGUGUUUGCCAGAGAUCCUAAAAAGCCUCCUGGUAAAGUCAUAGACUUUAAAGCGACAGACUCCACCUACACAACCCUGUCCCUUUCUUGGACCAAACCCAAGGAUGUUGAGGGGGUUGAGGAUGAAGCUAAAGGAUACUUUGUGGAGAUCAGGCCUGCAGAAAGCACAAUAUGGGAACGCUGCAAUGCAAACAUGAUAACCAUGAAUACCUAUACAGUGAAAGGCUUGAAGUCAAUGGCCAUGUACUGGGUGAGAGUCAUUGCUACUAAUGAUGGAGGACACGGACUACCACAGGAGCUGCCCAAUUACAUCCUCGCUAUGCCCCCUCCUGUGCGACCAAGAUUCACGGAUGCCAAAAUAAAGAGUUUCAUGGUGGUGCAAGCAGGAAAUUCUGCACGAUUCAACAUUAACUUUGAGGCCUCCCCUUGGCCUGAGGUCACCUGGCUGAAAGAUGGAGUGCCAGUGCCUAAAAAGGUGACCAUCAGCAACGCAGAGGGAACAUCCCAGCUUCUGAUUGCUUCCUCUGAGCGCUCAGAUACUGGAAUCUAUACCAUCACUGUCAAGAACAUUGUCGGCCAAGACUCAUUCAGCGUUGAAAUUAGAGUCACAGAUGAGCCGAAGCCGCCAGGUCCUGUGGAAACUGACGAAAACGUGCCUGGCACAGUGACCAUUUCAUGGACCCCAUCUCCAGAUGAGAAACGUGACGACAGGCUGCAUUACAUGGUAAUGAAGCGUGAUUCAAGUAAAAGAACAUGGAACACCGUUGGAGAUCACAUCUUCAACAAUAGAUUCACAGUCUGCAACAUAAUGCCAGGCCGGGAAUACCAGUUCAGAGUCUUCGCGAAGAAUGAUAUGGGCUGCUCCAAACCUUCUGAAUCACCAAAGUGGCUGAUAUCCCACAAGAAAGAAAAGUUCAUUCUGAACAUGCCGGAAAGGAAGACGUGUAAUCUGCAGUGUCCUCCCAGGUUCUUAGUCCCACUAAAAAUGCACACCGCUCCUGAGGGCUACGAAUGCUACAUGAGCUGUGCCAUAAAAGGGGACCCAACACCUCAUGUGACGUGGCUCCGCGACAACGUCAGUCUGAAUACCAACACUAACUACUUCAUCUCCAACACCUGUGGAGUCUGUUCUCUGCUCAUAUUGAGGGUUGGACCUAAUGACACCGGGGAGUACAAGAUUGUUGCAGAAAACUUGCUGGGGAGGGCAGAGUGUGCCACCAAACUGACAGUGAGAGAAUAAAUGAAGACACUGAAGAUGGUAGAAUUGUUCUAAAAUGCUUAGAGAAACCAAGUUGCUGGUAAUUUUAGAGUUAAGCAAACCCUGUCAAAUGUAGAACAAUAGAUUGAUUGUUAUAGAUUGUUAACUAAACUCACAAUAAAGUCUUAGACCUAGAAAUUUUGCAAGAAAGCCACAAACAUGUUUUGUUUGCUCUGAUUUCAGUUGUGCAAUCUCAAUAAAACAGACACUUGAAAUACUAGUGUGCAAUAUGGCGUAUUUUAACAGAGGUAAAGCACAUGUUAAACAGGAAAAGUAUUUACAGUACAAGACACUUUGUUGCAGUGAUUUGCUGAUUUUAAAAGUGCUAUGUCAAGAUUAGACUAAAGCCAAUGGAACAAUCUGUGUUUUUCAAUUAUUUUUAGAUGAAUGGUGAUUGUUUGGUUGCGAUUGUUGUGUUUCCGUAACUGUGGAUUUACAGUCUUCCCCCUGCAAUAAAAUCAAGAUGGCAAAAAAUACUGACAUGAAAAAUGUACUGUAUAUGAUACUGACUGUUACACAAAAAGAAUAUGUGUGGGUUUAGUGUAAAUAAAUAUUUCA